AUUUCUCCACCAGAGGAUAUCUGCAGAAGCUCCCCACCCCCACGCCCUCUCUUUGGCAAUGUGACUACUAGACGGUCCCUGCCGGCGGUCACGUGACCAAAGUGAAGUUCCCGGAGUUUACGUCAGGUUCCCGGGGCCGCUCUGAGGAAGCGACAGGAAGAAACUCCCGGUACUGGUCUUUAAGGUCUCCAAGAUAGAAAAAUGCCUCCGAGAAAAAACAAACUGCCUGCUCCUCUGCCGGAAGGCUUAAUCGUGACGGACAUGAACAAGAAAUCCUGGAGACUGGGCAAAAAGCUCGGCCAAGGAGGCUUCGGCUUAAUAUACCUGGCUUCUCCAGAUUGUGCCAGAACCGUCACUGAUGACGCUGAUUAUGUCAUUAAAGUGGAAAACUUUGAAAAUGGGCCAUUAUUUUGUGAACUGAAGUUUUAUCAAAGAGCCGCCAAACAAGACGAUGUCAAAAAAUGGAUCCAUAGUCACAAGCUGGACUACUUAGGGAUUCCUAAAUACUGGGGAACCGGAGAAAUAAGUUAUAAUUCAAGUUACAGAUUCAUGGUGGUGGAUCGGCUCGGUACAGAUCUGCACAAGUUGCAGCAUAACAACAGUGGCAGAUUGCCUGCAAAAACAGUAAUGCAAAUUGGCAUACGUAUGCUGGAUGUAUUAGAAUACAUUCAUGAACACGAGUAUGUACAUGGUGAUAUUAAAGCAGGAAAUGUUCUGCUUCACACUUCGGAUGCCAACAAGGUUUAUCUUGCAGAUUAUGGACUUUCUUACAGAUACUGCCCCGAUGGGAAACACAAAGAAUAUAAAGAAGACCCAAGAAAAUGCCACAAUGGGACAAUUGAGUUUACCAGCAGAGAUGCUCACAAGGGGGUUGCCCCAUCCAGACGAGGGGACCUGGAGAUCCUCGCAUACUGUAUGCUCCACUGGAUAUGUGGGAAACUACCCUGGGAGCAGAGCUUACGAGAUCCUUCUACUGUCCAGGCUUCCAAAACAAAGCUAUGGGAUGAUCUUCCACAUUCUGUCAUCGAAUGGUCUGGCCGAGAAGACGGAUGCCAAGAACUGGCCAAGUUCAUGGAUGAUGUCUCGUUAUUGAAGUACAGUGAAAAGCCAAAUUAUCCAGCCCUGAAGAGAAUCUUGCUGAAGGCUCUUGAUUCUAUGGGGACAAGUCUUAGUUCUCCACUGAUUAUUUCAGAUGCAGGAACCUUUCGGAAAGUGUCCACAGGAAAUACAAAAAAGGUAUAGUAAUAUCCUCAUGUUUGCUGUAUUACUGCAUGAUGAAAGGGGCAACUUUAAUACAAGCUGCUUUACAGCCCUCACUGCUCUGAGUGACAGCUGUAGUGGUCUCCUGGUUGGAUGCUAUAGCUGUCGCUCUAAAUGCGGGGAGGGUUUGUGAGAGUACGUAACAGUGCAGCUCCAUCUCUAGUCACUUUCAGAAUCUAGGAGAAUAAAAAUUCAUAUUCACACUACUCCUGCUCAAGAGCAGGUAUGUUUAUCCUGCCCCCCAGUCCUACCUAAAGCUACAUUCACACUUGCGCUAACAGG